CCUGCGCGCGCCGCCUUGCAAGAAGGGAGCGAAGGCGUGGUAGGCGCACUCAGCCGGCAGAGGAGGCUGUGGCGGCGGCGUUAGGAAGUAUGGACAACGCUGGGAAGGAGCGCGAGGCAGUCCAGCUGAUGGCGGAUGCCGAAAAGCGACUUAAGGCCUCCCACUCCUUCCUCCGAGGGCUGUUUGGAGGAAACACAAGAAUAGAAGAGGCUUGUGAAAUGUAUACCAGAGCUGCAAAUAUGUUCAAGAUGGCUAAAAAUUGGAGUGCUGCAGGAAAUGCAUUUUGUCAGGCAGCCAAACUCCAUAUGCAGCUUCAGAGCAAACAUGAUUCUGCCACCAGCUUUGUGGAUGCUGGGAAUGCUUACAAAAAGGCAGACCCUCACGAGGCUAUCAACUGCUUAAAUGCAGCCAUCGACAUUUACACAGACAUGGGAAGGUUUACAAUCGCAGCCAAACACCACAUUACUAUUGCUGAGAUUUAUGAGACUGAACUUGUAGACAUCGAGAAGGCUAUUGCACAUUAUGAACAAUCAGCUGAUUAUUACAAAGGAGAAGAAUCCAACAGUUCAGCUAACAAGUGUCUGCUAAAGGUGGCAGCAUAUGCUGCCCAGCUUGAGCAAUACCAGAAAGCCAUCGAGAUCUAUGAGCAGGUUGGGGCAAACACCAUGGAUAAUCCUCUGUUGAAGUACAGUGCAAAGGAUUACUUCUUUAAAGCUGCCCUCUGUCACUUCAUAGUCGAUGAGUUGAAUGCCAAGCUGGCUCUUGAGAAAUAUGAGGAAAUGUUUCCAGCAUUUACUGAUUCAAGAGAAUGUAAAUUAUUGAAAAAACUUCUAGAAGCUCAUGAAGAACAGAACAGUGAAGCUUACACUGAAGCAGUGAAGGAAUUUGACUCAAUAUCUCGCUUGGAUCAGUGGCUUACUACCAUGUUGCUUCGUAUCAAAAAGUCCAUCCAAGGGGAUGGAGAAGGAGACGGAGACCUAAAGUGAAACAUUUAUACGUCUUUGUGGCAUGCAGCUAACUCCUUUUUAGUUCCUCUUAGGGCCAAGUGAUCUUUAUGGGAUGCCCAUCUAAUGGCUUACUUUUGUUGCACAUGAACCAAACGAUGCGUGUGUGUUUGCCGUGUUUAUAUCACUGUUAAGCAAAUGGAUAAAAGAAUCUCCUGUGCAUAUUGUGGGUGUAAUGGGCUAUUUCAUGCUUGCCAGAGUCCCCAGCGUUUCCCGAGUCCUACUUCAGAAUUUUAUUGUUUGAUAUUUGCAGAGUCAUGUUUAGUUUUGCCACAUAUUCUGUCCUUUUUCUUGGACUUGAGUAUCUAACCCAAUUUGCUCUAAUCGCUGCUUUGCAUACUCUCUGUAAAUCUGCAUCUGGAUGUAUUCUCUAAGUGUAUGUAUUUAGUUUAGGGUGGUUGUUAGGAAUCAGUUGAUGACUUUCUUUAUUAUAAAUUUGUUGUUGUUACCUUGUGAUUUUUUGAUGAUACUAAUGACCAGUUUCUGCUUUUGAUAUUGUUCCCUAUGCUAACAUGCAUGUGAAAAUUCGGAACACAGGUCUGCCUGCAUCACUUAAACUUGCUUAUGUGUGUGGAUGAAUGUCAAGGUGGGUUUGACUGCUUUGUAUUUACACACACACACAAAUAUAUAAGAUCUAUGAGAAACGGAAAUUUUCCUUUUCCUAGACCUGGUUUCACUUUUAGUUGGCGGGGAAAUCCCUUUUUUUAUAUUCACAUAAAGGUGGUGUAACUGGCAUACCCCUUCUCUUUACUUUCAUGGUCAUACUCUUUCCCACAUUGAGAUGCCUUCCUUUAUGCCACAGUCAUGCACAUCCUCACUAGGCCCAGAGAUUAUAAGUCAAAGCAUGAGAAAGGGUUUCAGUAAUUUUAUCCACUUAUCGACCAUGAUGGGUUAGGUAGGGUAUAUAUGGUACAGAGGUUUACUAUAUGCCUCCAACUAGCUUCUCAGGAGACUGUAUUUUCUUCUUAGCUGAUGGGAUUGUUUUAGCUUUUGUAUUUGAACUUUGAAUUCUAUCCUUUUAUUUUACAUGAUAAGUGCUCUAUUAAUUUACGAACUUGACCCCUACCCAUUAUGUUACAUGCUGACAUUGUACUGAGAUGUGAUCUUGUUUUUUGAAUCUCCUUUGUACAUAUUUUUUUCUUGUUAAUUCUCACCCAAGGAUAUUUUUUCCCAUUGAUUUUUUUAGAGAGAGUGAAUGGGAGGGGUGGCGAGAGAGGCGGGGGAGAAACAUUGAUGUGAGAAA